UAAACAGAAACAAAUAAAAACCCUACACAUAAUAAACCUAUGCUUCAAUCGAAGAAAAAACCUAAGUUAUGGUUAAAAAAAGCAAUGUCUCAUCCGAUUUUCUUGCGGCGGCGGUCGAUGUCAGGUGCAGUUUUCAGACGCUCGUAGUGCUUCUUGUGGCGGCGCUGGUGGUCGGAGCCGUUUAUCUGACGGCGGAGAGCGGCUACUUGAUGCAAGAAGAUGAGGAGGAGCAGAAGGUGAGGCCGGCCGGCUGCGACUUGUUUUCCGGGAGAUGGGUUUAUGAUAACGAGUCUUACCCGUUGUAUAAAGAGGAGGAAUGCACGUUUAUGUCGGAUCAAUUGGCAUGUGGGAAAUUCGGGAGAAGUGAUUUAAAUUUUCAGCAUUGGAGGUGGCAGCCUCACCAAUGUGACCUUCCCAGAUGAUUUUUGAGCGAAGUGGAAUGUGUGUUUGUUGAUGCUAAAAAAGCUAGGUUCAACGCCACAGCAUUAUUAGAGAGAUUAAGGAAUAAAAGGUUAGUUUUCGUUGGAGAUUCACUGAAUAGAGGGCAGUGGGUUUCUAUGGUUUGCUUGCUCGACAAAGUUAUCCCAUGAUGGAGUACGUACUCAACAAGCCCAACAGCAGUAAAGCCCAUCAGCCUAAAGCCCAAGAAAGAGUAUCAGUUCGGCAUGACUAAAGAGUAUCAGAGUUCAGUUCGGCACA